AUGCCCAACGGCAUUGGCAGCGCGAGCUCUGCGCUCGUGAAGCGAUCGCGGCCAGAUGACGACGAGGAUGUCGGCUCGCGAAAGCAGAUCGCUAUUGCUUCCUCGGACGGAGGAAAGUCCAAAGGGUUGGUCAGAAGCAUAAAGCGCACGAGCGGGUUGCAGGCUCCAAUCGUCGCGCUAUCCGGGGCCCAUAAGGCCGAGAUAUUGGACUGCAAGUUCUCUCCUGAUGGCCAAACGAUCGCGGCGGCAUCUUCAGACAAGACCAUAUCCUUGUGGGAGACAUAUGGCGAGAACGCCAAUUUAACCCUGUUACAGGGUCACUCAAAAGCCGUCACAGCCAUUUGCUGGUCGCCAUCCGCGCCGCGGACAUCACCUCGGCUCUUCUCUGCAUCCGCAGACGGGACGUUGAUCGUCUGGAAUCCAUCAACGGGAGAAAAACUACGAAGACUACGAGGGCACAAGGGGAUUGUGAAUAGCCUCGCCUGCACAAGAGGGGGAAAGGAGAUUCUCGUCAGUGCAGGAGAUGAUGGGCUUGUGCUGCUGUGGGACCCGGAGGACAAGUACCCGCUUGACAGAAUCGAGGUCGGGUAUCCCGUCACGGCAGUAGAGUUCUCGGAUGAUGGAAGUCAGGUCUUCGUGGCAGGCGUGGAUAAUGAUAUUCACGUUUACGACCUUUCUCGGAAAACGAUCUUGUUCUCAUUACGAGGUCACACCGACAGUCCCACCUCACUACAACUCUCUCCGUCCGGCUCAUCUCUCCUUUCGUUUUCGCUCGACUCCACUCUUCGGGUAUGGGACGUGCGGCCUUUUGCUCCGGAGCCGCCACCCGGUCACAUCGGCAGCGCCCGACUGCAUCGGACACUGACGGGGGCCACCUCAGGCUUUGAACAAUUGCUGGUCAAGGUCGCUUGGAGUGCUGAUGGCGAAAAUGUCGCUGUAGGCGGCGGCGAUCGAACGUGUACGGUUUGGAAUGUUGAGAAGUCGAAGAUCCUGUACAAGCUGCCGGGGCACAAAGGCACUUGCACAGCAGCCGCCUUUCAUCCCUACGAGCCGAUCAUCGUCUCGAGUUCAACGGACCAAACGCUUUUGCUUGGGGAGAUUGACAUCUAG